AUGGACGACGAGAACAUUUCCAACUUCGUUGCGAUUACCUCUUGCGAGCCAGCAAAAGCUGCGCAAUACCUAAGCUUGACUGAGGGCAACCUCGAACAAGCUAUACAAUUGUACUUCGAUAGCCCCAACCUCGACUUUGGCGGAGCACCAGCUGCCCAACCUGCCGCUACCAAUGCGAGCAACCCGAUCCCGAUCGACUCUGACGACGAGAUGUCCGACUUCGAGCCCACGGCUUUCGAAACGAAUGCCCCGCCGCGAGCACAACCGAAUACCGAAGAUGAUGAGGCAAUGGCCCGUCGUUUGCAGGAGGAGAUGUAUGGUGCUGGUGGCGGUGCUGUUGCCCAGGACGAGGUUCGCGCUCCAAUGGAGCGGAGGACAGAAACAUUGGUCGGUCCCGACGCCAAUUGGGGACCCGGAAGCGAAGACGAAAUUAAUCAGAUGGUUCAAGAGCAGCUCGCACGCCGCAGGAACCCUGGGUCUCGCCCAGGCAUAUUCAACCAACGUAACACGCAAGCUUCGGUGUGGGACAACAGCGGUGAUUCGAGCGCUCGACGACGUGAGCUGGCCACUGCUACUGGUGGCGCCUCAGAGCAGUCUUCAAAGAUGAACAUGCUUGCAGAGCUGUUCAGGCCUCCAUUCGAGAUCAUGUUCCAGCAACCCUGGGAGAAGGCGCGCGACCUGGGAAAAGAAGAGUCGAAAUGGCUCAUCGUCAACGUUCAAGAUCCUGCCAUUUUCGACUGCCAGCGUCUUAACAGGGAUAUUUGGAAGAACGAUGAUAUCAAAGACACGAUUCGAGAGAACUUCAUCUUCAUUCAGUACGCCAAGGAUGACCCUCGAGGCCAGGAAUACAUGAACUACUACUUUCAAAACCGUGAGAGCGCGGACGCAUACCCACACAUUGCUAUCGUCGACCCGCGAACGGGUGAGCAAGUCAAGGUGUGGUCAGGCCCUCCGAUUCCCGAGCCUGUCGACUUCCAUGCCCAGCUUCAUGAGUUCUUGGAUCGCUACAGCCUCAAUUUGAAUGUGAAGAACCCGGUCGCAACACGCAAGUCCGAAAAGCCAAAGAAGGACGUUGGCCGGAUGACCGAGGAAGAGAUGCUCGAGAUGGCUCUGCAGAACAGCCUAGGCAAUAAUGAUCAAGGCCCGAAGGACGAAGAUCCAGAUGCGCUUACGAAGGGCGACGUUGCCAACAAGGGCAAGGCAAAGGCGGAGGAGCCUGCAGAGUCAGUGGAGGAGACGAACGGGAAUUCACCAUUUGCGCAGAUUUCCUCAGAUAAUCCCCACAUCGAGCCUACAUCGACCGAUCCAACAGUCACUACUCGCAUCCAGUUCCGCGGCGGCCCAGGUCGGCCCAUCGUUCGACGCUUCAACUUGGCAGAUCCAGUUCGUCGAAUAUAUGAAUGGAUCAAAGCUGGACACCCUUGGGAAGGAAAAGAAGGCGCGGAUUUCGAUCUGUCCUUCAUGGGCAAGAACCUUCUUGAAGGCCUAGACUCAACUAUUCAAGAAGCCGGCUUGAAGGGGGCGAGCGUCAUGGUCGAGUUCACCGAUUCGGAGUGA